AUGGCUGGUCUUGAAGCUAUCAAGGGGGGUGCGGCCUGGUAUCGUUGCGACCCCCCAAUGAUAUUGGGCGAAGCACCUAUUUACCGGGACAGCGACUCUUCUCUUCACUGGGUCGAUUGUCUCGCAAAUCCUCCGGAGCUGCACAUCCUGAAGGUCGAUCCAGAUACAGGUGACGCCCUCGGCCGCGCUCGCAUCCUGAAGCUCUCAGACAGCGUGACGGUGCAUUUUUUCCGAAAAGACACACCAGGAAGUUACAUAUGCGCCUAUUACCAAGGCGUCGCAUUCCUUGACGAGGAGACCGGCCGACUGGACAUUCUCAAAGAGAUCAUCCCGACCGAGGACAGGGGCAUUCGACGGUUCAAUGAUGGCGGCGUUGAUGUAAAAGGACGAUUCUGGCUGGCAGAGAUUGAUAUCAAGGCCAUGAGCUUCGGACCGAACAAACUCCCCGAAAGCUAUGGGACCCCUAUCGGCCGUUUAUGGAGGUACGACCCUGAUGGAAGUCUUCAUGAAAUGGACAAUGGCUUUGUUUGCGGCAAUGGCCUGGCCUGGAGCCCAGACAAUAAAACCAUGUAUGUGAACGACUCGGUCGCGAUGAAAGUCUUCAGCUACGAUUUCGAUGCGGAAACAGGUGCCAUCUCCAACAAGACGUUGUUCAUUGAUCGACGAGACAGCUUCGGCGAACCGGAUGGAAUGGUCGUAGAUACCGAGGGUAAUCUUUGGAUAGCUGUUUUCGACUCAAAUCGAGUCAUGGUAUUCUCUCCAGACGGCGUACAUUUGAAGGAUAUUCUUUUCACGGCGAGGAACAUGGCUUGCACGACUUGGGGAGGGAAGAACCUGAAUUUGCUCUUCGUCGCAACGGGCAAGGACAGGAAGCCAACUGCAAAAGCCGAGGACGAAGGUGGCCACAUGUUCCUUUACAAGACCCCCCCUGGAGUUACCGGCACGGACAAGCAUAAGUUCGCAGGUUGA